AUGGAUAAUAUUGAUGCUAUUCAUAUUUAUGAUCAAUCGGAUAAUAUGCAAAAUCGAAUGGAAUCGUUUUUAAUUAGUUGUGUAUGUAAAUUGAGUGAUCAUGACGUAUUGACAGCUAUUACAUUUGUUACAAAAUAUUAUCCAGAAGAUAAUCAAUUUAUGAAUAAAUUUUCUCUUUCACUUGCUAAUCGAUUAAGACGUAUUAAUGUUCAUCAAGUUCAAUCAUUAGUAGCAAUGGAAAGUCAGUUACACGUUGAAGCCAACGAAACCGAUCGACAACUCGAUGAUGCACAACAAUCAAAUAAUGAAGAAUUAACCGUGUAG